AUGCGGCAGUUAAGGGCAGUGACAACCUUGGACUCCGUGAACCUCUUCAACAACAGACAGCCGCCGAAGAAGAAGCGGAAGAGCCGGACGGCGUUCACCAACCACCAGAUCUUCGAGCUGGAGAAGCGGUUCCUGUACCAGAAGUACCUCUCGCCCGCCGACAGGGACGAGCUGGCGCAGAGCCUCGGCCUCAGCAACGCGCAGGUGAUCACGUGGUUCCAGAACCGGCGCGCCAAGCUCAAGCGGGACAUGGAGGAGCUCAAGCGCGACGUCGAGUGCACCAAAGUCAUCUCCUCCAACAAGACGCUCCUGGAGGCCUCCGUGAACGUCGCGGCGCUCCUGAAGGUCAAGGAAUUCCCGAGGAUACCGAUCACCUCUUUGCCGCACUAACAGGGGGCAGGGGAAGGUUGGGUCAUGGUGGGUGACCUUCUUAUUUAAGGUCACGGAAGCAGAUGUCGGCGAAAGGAGAAAGGACAAAUCUCUCGAUAUCGUCACGUGUGAAACUGUGUGCGUACGUGUGUUUGUCGUAUUCGGUUCGUGUAUACAUCUGUGUAUGUAUACUUGAGUAAGUGUGUGUAUGUGAGAAUAUGUGCGUCUCAGUGUUUACCAAGAAUCCUCCCAGUCGUGCGAAUCCAGUCGGAUGCGUUGAGAAGAGUUAAUAUAAUUUUCAUCACCGUCUGUCAUUGAAGAAAGAAGUCACUCUUAGAUCACGAAGCCCGGCAUGUUGUUUGCUCUGAUGACGUCACGCUGUGCGUCACCGAACAGCUGUUGUCGUCGCCUCGUCCUCCGCCUCUGCCAUCUUGAAUUUCAAUCCAAGACCAUAGCAAAAACAAAUGAAGUGCAAAUGAAGUCUACAUCGCAACGAACAGCUGCUUGGCGAUAAACGGACACAAAAAGAAAAAGAAGAAAAGAAAAGAAGAGGAGAGGGAGGACCCUACGCCAUGCCACCUCAGCGGCGUCUCCAUCUCCGGCAGACAAACGUGUUGGCUACGUGUUGGGAGAUGACGUCAUCAUUUCCAUUUUAGAUACAGUAUCAUCGUCUAAGUCAUCGUCAUCUAUUAUUUUCGCUUGCAUUUUCAUCGGGCUGAAGAGGACAAAAGGAAAAAUUAGACAACGACGAAAUUAUGAUAAAUUUGGAAUUGCGAGUGAUGUUGCAUGUUGUAAUGUUAAAGGAUUUUUUUCCGCGAUUCUGAUCUAAUAUUACACUCUGUAAUAUUGCUAAAUGUC